UUCUUAGUUUUAUUUCAUUCAAGCCUUUCGAAUGUGGCUAUGUUAGUGAUGCCAAAACAUUUUGGCAUCACAAACAUUAGCAAUUGUAGAAUUUAUUAGAUCUCUCAUUAUCUUUUGUGUUCUUCCAUACUCAACUUUCUUUGUUCCAGAAAAUGGCUUCAAUGACCCUAGAGGAUGAAGCUUUUGCUUUGGUAAAUGCAACUGUGGUUGCCAUUGGCAAGGAGAAGAAUAGCCAACAUGUUGUUCGUUGGGCUAUUGAUCGUCUCCUAGUCAAUAAUCCCGUCAUUGUUUUGCUUCAUGUUAGACACAAGAACCAUCAUUAUCAGGGAGAUGACGUUGAUCAUCUUUUUGCACCUUUUCGUGGAUAUUGUGCUCGUAAAGGGGUUCAAUUAAAGGAGGUUGUCAUCGACGAGACCAUCGAUGUAGCUCGAGCAAUUCUGGAUUAUGUCAAUGCGAACUUAAUAGGAAGCAUAGUUGUUGGUGCUUCUAGUUCCACAAAAUAUGCUAUCACAUGGAAAUGGAAAACUCAAGACUUGGCAACCACAAUAAUGAAGAAUGCACCAGAGUUUUGUUCUGUAUAUAUAAUCCUCAAGGGCAAGAUUUUGACUGUCAAAACAGCAGUACGAUCAGUUUCAAACUCUCCAAUUCCACCAAAGGCACCACUACCCAAUGGUUCACCAGAUUGUUUUGAUCUUGAAGAUGGUUUUAGAGGCCAAUCAAGGAAAAGAUUGUCAAAAAAUGGUGGGAUAGAUCGACUAUCAUUUGAGAGUAGUAAUGACCCUAUCAUUGGACCAUCUCAAGAUAGGGCUAGAAGUCAUCAAUCUAAUGUCUCAUUGGAAAGUCUUGAUAUUUCCUCCAAUUGGCCAAAGACUUCGAGCAGCUCAGAUGAUUCUGACUUUCCAGGACCAAUAUUGGGUUCAGAUUUCUCAUCUGGUUCUAUAUCCUCUCCAGGGGAUUCAACUCCAUCACAAUCAACGAGAGAGUUAGAAGCUGAGAUGAGAAGAUUACGUCUUGAACUUAAGCAAACUAUGAACAUGUAUAGCACAGCUUGCAAAGAGGCAUUAACAGCUAAAAAGAAGGCUGAGGAACUAAACCAAUGGAAGUUGGAAGAGGCUCGUCGCGCUGAGGAGGCGAGGAUUGCAGAAGAAUCAGCUCUUGCGGUUGCAGAAAUGGAGAAGGCCAAGUGCAAAGCGGCGAUGGAAGCAGCUGAGAAAGCCCAAAAAUUGGCUGAAAUGGAGGCACAGAAAAGAAAGUUUGCAGAACUGAAAGCUAAAAAAGAAGCGGAUGCCAAGAAUCGUGCUUUAAAUGCCUUAACCAAAAAUGACAUACGUUACAGAAAAUACACCAUCGAAGAGAUAGAAUCAGCUACAGAAAAGUUCAAGCAAUCGUUCAAGAUAGGCGAGGGUGGCUAUGGACCUGUCUAUCAAGGAAGACUUGAUCAUACUCCAGUUGCCAUUAAGGUUUUGAGACCUGAUGCAGCUCAAGGGAAGAAGCAAUUCCAACAAGAAGUUGAGGUUCUUAGCUGCAUUCGACAUCCGCAUCUAGUCCUCUUACUCGGCGCUUGUCCCGAAUAUGGAUGCUUGGUGUACGAAUACCUGGAGAACGGAAGCUUAGAAGAUCGGUUGCUUAGAAAAAACAACACCCCUCCCAUCCCUUGGAGGAAACGGUUCGACAUAGCCGCCGAGAUCGCUACCGGACUCCUUUUCCUCCAUCAAGCCAAGCCAGAGCCGCUCGUCCACCGAGAUCUCAAGCCUGCAAACAUCCUCUUGGACCGCAACUACGUUAGCAAGAUCAGCGAUGUCGGUCUGGCCAGGCUGGUCCCUCCGUCCGUCGCGGAUAGUGUUACUCAGUACUACAUGACCUCGGCCGCCGGAACGUUCUGUUACAUAGAUCCGGAGUAUCAACAGACGGGUAUGUUGACUACUAGAUCGGAUGUGUACUCUUUGGGGAUUAUGUUGCUUCAGAUCAUCACCGCCAAGCCUCCAAUGGGUCUGGCUCACCAUGUGAAGAGAGCAAUCGAGAAGGGCAAGUUUGCGGAGACGAUGCUCGACCAAUCCAUCGCAGAUUGUCCUGUGGAGCAAGCACUGGCGUUUGCUGAACUGGCGCUCAAGUGCUGUGAGCUGAGAAAGAAAGACAGGCCAAGUCUUGCCUCUGUUGUGGUACCGGAACUCAACAAAUUGCGAGAUUUUGGAAGCGGUGAAGGGAUUGGCGGCGACAUUCAUGUAUUAUGAAGCUUUUGGGAAAUAGUGGCGGUUUUUGGGGGGAGAAAUUAAGGGAACAAAUAUAUGCUCAUCAAAUGUGGAUGGGAAGAAACGGGGAGUGUGGUUUCAGUGCCACCUGUUUUUUUCUUCUUCUUCUUCUUUUACCACAUCUUAAAGUGGAUUGUAAUAACACUCUUUUAGUUUAAUUGAAAUUCUCCCGGCCAGUUAUAAAAAAAAAAGUAGUGG